AUGUCGCGCGUCACUGCCCCGGUUUCUAAGCUCAUCCGGCUUGUCGGCUCAUCGGCCACACGCACCUCCCACGGCGCCGGUGCCGCUCUCAUGCCCAAGUACGCCGACCUGCUGCGGAAUCGCGAGCACUCCGAGUGCCAGUUUCGCAAACUCACCACCACCCACCGACCUACUCCUCAGCCCUCGCUCGCCAACCGCACCAAGCCCCUGAUGCAAACCUUCCACACCACCUCCCACGUCACCAUGUCCUCCACUGCCGGCCACAUCGAUUCCGCCGUCUUCCCCCCCCUCCCGGACCCGGCCGGUCCUGGUUCCAGUACCGUCUGGCCCCGAGUCCCCCUCUUGCCGGACAACUACUCUGCCGCCCAUGGUCCGUCGGCCUGCGACAUGUCUGUCCGGCUCCCCGAGAUCUCCAUCGUCGCGGCCAACCCCGAAAACGUGGUACCUGGCACGCCCCUGUCCGAGGUGCAGGGCAUCUCCCUCGAUGGUAUCGAACUAAAGUUUGUCCACGAGGAUCGCCAGUCUCAAGCCGCAAAGGAGCUUGACGAGGGCAGCGGCGGCAUGAUCCGUGAUCUGUGGAAGGGCAUGGUCGAGGAUGUUUUGAUGCCGGCCAAGAAGUUUGCUUGA